AUGGAAUUUUCAGCCUUCUGCAACUUUGGAUGUCCCAACGGAUGGAUGCCGUACGAUCACGAUUGUUUCAGGGUUUCUUUUAUAAUUUUCCGGACCAAUCGAUCAAUUUUUGUUCAGUCAGUGGUAGAAACUGUGACCUUCAAUCAAGCCGAAGCGAACUGUCGUUCCAUUGGCGGUCAUCUCGCCACGUUUUCCUCAGCCAUGCAGCAGAUUUCGAUGAAAGGUUUAAAGAUUUGAAACAGUCUGGCCUGUCUGUGCCCUCUUUUCUCUUGUCAUCCAGGUCAUAUGAACAGUAAAACAAAACUUGAACGUCAGAGAUUUGCGGAGGAAUGAGACUAGGAGUUGUGGCGAAUGGGAUAAAAUAGCUGUAACUGGAAACUAAAUUACUUUCCGUAUUUCAAGGCCUUCUUUUUGACGUACCCGAUGAUAGACAAGUCGUGUUGCCGGAGGUUCAGACGAUUUGGAUCGGAUUGUGGAUUUCGGUCAGCUUUUUCGUUUUUCGAGAUUGAUUUUUAGAGUAAUAUGGGCAGUAAAAGUGGUGUUAGAGAUGAAUAUACCAUUUUUAAGCUUUACUUGUGAAAAUUUGAAAAUUUUCCUCGUUUUGAAGAAAAAGUCAUUCAAAAUCGGAAAGUUUGAAUUCCCGCCAAAAGCCCGUACUGCAGUAAAGUCGCUCUAUGGACAACUAAUUGCAUUUUUUUGGUUUUUCGCUUUGUUUCUAUUAAUAAACCGGAGAGGACAUGAAUCGGACGUGUCAGGGCGUUUCUAGUGACCACUUUAGUAGCGCCAGCCCUCUUAAGUGAUCCCUAGAAUUGCUCAGAAACGUCCGGUGUUCGAUGCCGAGUUUCUUUCAAACUUCAUUUUUUUUAGUUUCAACAAAGUUUUUUUGUGACAUAUUUGUACAUAAAUUGCAAAUUUCGACCGGAAAGUUCAAAAGUUCUUCUUGAAGGGUCCGCAUUUCACAGAAAUUAUUUAGGAAAGCCAAUGGAAGUGGAUGGACGACAGUCCAUUGACCUAUUCGUAUUUCUCCUCCACGGCGGCGACUACCAUCGGAAGCUGUGGAAUGGUUAUUUUCCUUCUCUUAAAACAAUUUUUUUAUUUUUGCUGGUCAUUUAAAAUCAGAAAAAAAUAAGACGAAAAUGAGCCCAUUCUCAAAAAGAUCGCCUUCAUUUUCAAUCAUUUCUCUGAACCCCGAAGACCUUCCUUCAAUUUUUCUUUCGAUUUCAAAAUUCUAAGCUUUAGAGAAGAUCAGGAAAGGCGGAUUCUGACGGAAUUUUGUUCUUAGGCUUAUUUCAAGCCAUAUCUCUUGCUGACGUAGGGAUUUGACUGUCCCAGAACUGGAAAAUCUUCUUUGGAUCGUAUAAUUUCUGAACAAAGAUCGUUUUUUGUGUUUGGCAAGAAUUUUGGAGCCUUCACUAAAUUUUUAAAAAAUUUUUUGAUCAUUUAUCACUGUGAAUUUUUAAGAAAUAAGAUUUGAAGCUCCAGAGAUUUUAAAUUUUAAAAAAGGUUCCAAUUAUUAUUGGCCGUCCACUGAGCAGCUUCAAGUAGUUUUUCCAGCACUUUUUAAAAAUUCCAGGCAUAUUUUCUUGUAAAUGAGUUAUAUAUUAACAAAAUAUAACGUUAUUUUUUGAUUUUAGAGCUAAUUUUUAAACUUCAUCUCAACAAGAAAGCUUUAGAAGAUCUAUUAUUUCUCAACACUGAAAAAAAAAGCUUCUAGAACACUUUGAAAAAUCCAGAAAUCUUGUGAGACCGUCCUUCUUUUAUAACAGACAGCUUGUUAAAUUUUUUGGAAGAACAGAGUUUUUUCUUGGACCGAAAGAACUUUCACAAACUUUCUUUCUCUUCAGGAAACUAAAUUCUUCUUAUUUUUCACCAAGGACUUCUGACGUUGACUAAUCAGAGGUUCAUUCUAAGUCCCCUCUUUACAAAAAAUGCCUAAAUUUUUCUCAGAACAUCCGAAGCUUGAUUGAAUUUUUCAGGAAUCUGCUAAGGUCCCAAAAAAACAAAAAAGAUAUUUAAUUCUCCUUUUUGUGGUUUUUAGACUUUUGAACAGUUUUUUUGUAGUGAAAAUUUUUUUCGAGUUUAUUGGAGCGUCUCAAAAUUGAACCGAAAAGAUCAGGUUUUCAUGAAAUAACGUCGCAAAAUGCCCAUUUUGAAGCUCGGUCCUACGCCUUUAAAUUGAAGAUUUUUUCGAGCUUUUUUGAAUCAUAAAAUGGGCGAGAUCUUUUACAGUAACCCCACAAUGCAACCCCCUUCAGGUCAAAAAUAAUUUUUCCGGGUUUUCUGAAAUUUUUGCAAGUUUUUCUUUUGGCCAAGAAUGUUCUAAAAACACGAAAUAUAUUGGCAAAUUUUCUCAUUUGUUUUCUGUUCCCUUGAUCCCCGAAGAGGAUUUGCAGAUAGUCAACUCGCUGUCGGCGAAGACGGACCGCGGGAAAUGGACGCCGGCGGACUGCGCGACGAACGCCACCGCCUAUCUCUGCGAGACUCCCACCAUCUUCUAA